AUGGGAUCGACGCAAUUCGGCAAUUUCCACCUUUUCAAGGUCAACCAACCGCCGGGACUUCACUAUGGUGGAUGUGUUUUGGAAGGUAUCAGCCUUAGUGGAGGUAGACAUCUCGCUAAUUUAGGCUCGAUUCUUUUCGCAUUUAUCGCUAUUCUGGUCUCUAUUGCGCUGCUAUGGAGGUCGGACAGGAAGCAUGCCGCCGUCGGGCGUCGUGAGAUCCAAAUGUUCUUGUUGGGUUUUAUCGUGAUCGAGAUUUGUGAAAUCUUCACCGUCGGUGGUAUUCCACUUGACGAUAAUGUUCGAAAGGGUUUUUCGGCGGUCCAUAUUGCAGCCAUCACUGCCACCUGCUGGAUCCUUCUUAUGAACGCGCUUGUCGGAUUUCAGCUCAUUGAUGACGGUACUCCGGCCUCGAUUGGUCUCAUUUCCGCAUCUGCGCUCGUUUUGUUCAUUGGUACUGGGUAUAUCGCCCUUGACACGGCGUUCUCAUGGACCGGCCAUUUCGACUCUAGCUUGACGGGCAGCAACAACCGCAACAUCGGCCUCUACGUGUUGUACCAGCUCUUCCCGCUGGUUUGCCUGGUGGUAUUCUUCUUGCUCGAAACCGUGCUGGUGUUGCGGGUGCUGGGCGAGUUCCGUCCGAUGCUCUACCUAGUCGGCGCCGCUCUGCUGUUCGCCAUUGGCCAGAUCUUCCAGUAUGUGAUCAGUACGCAUCUGUGCUCGGCCACAUCGGGCAAUAUCAACGGUGCUUUAUUCGAAACCCUCUUCACUCUCCUCUCCGUCAUUGGCGUCUGGGGCUUCUGGAGCAGUAUCACUGAAGACGAUUGGCCCCUGCCUGUCGGCAGUGGAUACAACUAA